AGCGUGGGUCACAGGCCACACACACACACACAUUCAUUGUAAGUACAUAUCGUAGUCGACACAAAGCGGCACUUAAAGAAACAGAAGUAAUGUCCAAGCCAGACGAAAACGGAAAUGAGCUGAUGGAGAUUGAAGAGGUCGCCGUGUCGGACGGCGGUGCAGCCCGCUUCGCCGCCGUAGACGUGAAGAGCGGCGAGGAGAAGUUCAACGUCAUCUGGCAGGACACCGCGAAGCUGCUGCGCUUCGAUGAGGGCGAGAACCAGUGGAAGGAGCGGGGGCAGGGGACCGCGAAGGUGCUGCAGCGCAAGGACGACACCGGCAAGUUCAUGUUUCUCUUCCGUCGGGAGGGCAUUGGCAAGCUGGCGGCGCAGCACUACUUGCUGAAGGGGAUGAAGAUCACAAAACACAAGCAGGGCGAAAAGUUUCUCAUAUGGACUGCGUUUAAGGACUUCACAGAUGACGAGGAGGGGUUUCCGGAGAGCUUCACGAUGCGCAUGAGCUCGAAGGAGGCGGCGGACAAGGCGCUGGAGGAGAUGCAGAAGGCGGUGGCCAACUCGUCCCUGUAG